AUGAAUAGUUCUGAUAGUGGAGACGUUGAAACAGACAUCGUGACCUCUGAGAGCAGAAAAACUGAAUUUAACGGGUUUUUAAAGACUCUGUCCACAUUUACUGGAGAUAUUUAUAGUUUGACAUGUCCAAGUUUCUUAUUAUCUGGUGUUUCCACUCUAGAAUAUGGACAAUAUUGGGCAGAUUAUCCAGAACUUUUUGCCGAUAUUUCUAAACCAAGUAUAGAAGUUGACAGGGCUAUUAAUGUUUUCAGAUGGUAUGUAAGCACAUUGUACGGAUCAUUUUCUUCACGUAAAGAUAAAGAAAAAAUUGAGAAGAAGCCAUUUAAUCCUAUACUUGGCGAACAAUUCUUUGCAAAAUGGAAUGAUAUAAAUGGAUGUGGCGAAACUAGUUUGUUUUCAGAACAAGUUAGUCAUCAUCCACCUGUUUCAGCCUUUUAUUUAGAAAAUAAAAAGGCUGGAGUGUCAGCAAAUGGUCAUACUGGACAAAAAAGUCAAUUCAGACCUACUGCAGCACGUAUUGAUGUAAUACAAGUUGGACAUAUACUAAUUCGUCUAAGAGAUCACCCUGAACAUUAUUUGAUAACUCUUCCAUCUUUACAAAUUCUUGGAUUAUGGAGAGGUGCUCCAUAUGUAGAAUUAAGUGGAACAAGUGUAAUACAAUCAGAAAAUUAUAAGGUCAUUAUUGAGUUUAGCGGAAAGGGAUGGCUAUCAGGUGAAAAACAUAGCUUUAAUGGAGUAGUGCGUCGUAAUGAAUCCAAAGAACCAUUAUAUGUAACAACAGGCACAUGGUCAGGUCGAUCUAGUUUAGAGAAAGUGGACACAAAAGAAAAAUCAACGUUUCUCGAUAUUGAAAAUUCUAAAAGAGCAACUCCGAUCGUAGCUCCAAUAGACGAGCAAGGUGAUUUAGAAAGUAGGAAGUUAUGGAGAUAUGUAGCUAAAGCUAUAAAUGAAGGUGAUUUUGCUACUGCUUCAAAAUUAAAAAGUGAGAUUGAACAAAGACAACGUGAUAAAGUUAAAAAUGGAGUUAAAGUCGAGCUUCAAUAUUUUGAAUGGAAUGACAAUGACCAAUUGUUUUUUAGUUUAGACAAAUUGAUUGAUAAUAAAUAUCAAUUGGACGAUAAAUAUAAAGAAAAGGGUAGUUGGUUUUAUAAAAAAUGA